CCCGCGGGUUGGGGGGGGGGGGGGGGAGGCGUUGCCAAGGCGACGGGCGGCCCGGCCGCGGGGCCGCGCUCAGCUCACUUCUGCAGGAUGCCACACAAGAUCGGUUUUAUAGUCGUUAGUUCAUCAGGACACGAAGAUGGCUUCAGCGCAAAAGAGCUGAUGGUUCACGCACCAACAGUGAACGGAUGGCGAUCACCACGACUCUGUCAGUAUCCACAGGAAAUUGUUCUGCAGUUGGUGGAAAGAUGCCGAAUACGAAAACUGCAGUUGCUUGCCCACCAAUACAUGAUUUCAAGCAAAAUCGAGUUCUACAUCAGUGAAAGCUUACCUGAAUACUUUGCUCCUUAUCAGUCAGAGAGGUUUCACAGACUAGGUUAUGUCCCUCUCUCAGACAAUGAAAAGACUGGUUUCAAAGCACGAGAGUUAAAAUCUGUUUAUAUGGAUGCAGUUGGCCAGUACCUGAAGCUGAUUUUCCAUAAAAAUUAUGCCAAUAAAUACAACUUGUACAGUCAGGUUGCCCUAGUUGCUGUAAAUAUCAUUGGAGAUCCAGCAGACUACAGUAAUGACAGCAAUAAUAAUCCUUCCAGAGAAAAGCUGAUAGACCACUACUUAGGAAGUAAAUCAGAUGAUCCUGCCUUAGAUGGAACAUACCUCGGGAAACCUGAUUUCAUUUCACCUCUGGAUGAUUUGGCUUUUGAUAUGUACCAGGAUCCAGAAGUUGCUCAGAUAAUACGUAGACUAGAUGAGAAAAAGCGUGAAGCUGUCCAUCAUGAACGCUACGAUUAUGCCAAGAAACUCAAACAAGCAAUUGCAGACUUGCAAAAGGUAGGGGAACGACUUGGACGGUAUGAAGUAGAGAAGCGCUAUGCUGUAGAGAAAGAGGAUUAUGAUCUUGCUAAAAAGAAAAAACAACAAAUGGAAGCAUACCGCCUGAAAGUGUAUCAGCAACUGCAGCUCCACAACCUUAUGGAUGCUGAGCUGAUGAUUCGAAAGCCAGCUGAAUUGCCUUUGGAGCCUGUGAUCUAUGCUAACAAUGCUCAGCACAUAAAAGCUACAAAUUCACCUUCUUGUGAGCAGAUAGAACCACAAAAAGAAGAGCUUUGGAAUGCAGAGUCUUUGCUAGAAGAAAAGGCAGUACAGCCCGCUUCUCCUGAGCCUGUUUUUUCCCAUCAGUCUUCUCCUCCUGCUGUGGCUCAUCCCAAAACUUCCAGGGAAGUGUUUCCCAAAGAAAAUGUUGAAUUUUUACCUUAUGAUGAGAGACCUCUUCCAGCUGUCCGUAAACAUUCUGAGGAAGCAAUUACAUACCUUGAGCCAGAGAUGACUGAAGGGGAUAUCAAUAAUACUCCAAGAAGUGGCAUUACCAGGGAACCAGAACCGCUAACUGAGAAGGCACUGAGAGAGGCCAGCCCUGCUAUUGAAGUUUUUGGAGAAGCCUUGGUCUCAGGAGCAUAUUCCAAAACUUGGUCAUAUCGAGAAGAUGCAUUACUAGCUGUAUAUCAGAAGCUGAUGGAAAUGUCAGUGAGCACUCCAAAGGAGGAUUUAAAGAACAUGAUGAGGGCUGCCAUUUUUCUUGUAAGGAGAGCCAUAAAAGACAUAGUAUCUUCAGUUUUUCAAGCUUCCCUGAAACUUUUAAAAAUGAUUAUUACACAAUAUAUACCAAAACAUAAACUAGGAAAACAAGAAACUUCUCAUUGUGUGGAAAAAACACUUCCAAGUUUGCUUUCUAGAACAGGAGACUCUUCAUCCCGUCUUCGCCUUGUUGCUUCUAACUUUAUUCAGGAAAUGGCAUUGUGUAGUGAAGUUAAACCUCUUCAAAUUGUUCCAGUUCAUUUGGUUCAACCAUUAAAACCGAAUUCCCCAACACAUCUGGCAAUGAGUCAAGUGGAAUUAGUGGAAUGCCUCUUGAAAGAUAUGGGAACUGAAAACUCUGGGUUUACCAUCAGCAACGUCAUGAAGUUUGCAACAGGAGCUUUGGAACACAGAGUUUAUGAAGUUCGUGAUGUAGCUUUGCGGAUUAUCUUCGAUAUGUAUAGGAAGCACAAAGCUGCCAUACUGGAAUAUCUUCCUCCUGAUGAUGCAAGCAUUCGCAAGACUGUUCUCUAUAAAACACUCUUUGAUGGAUUUACUAAAAUAGAUGGUAAACUUUCUGAAGCUGAAAUCAGGGCACAGAAAAAGGCAGCAACAGAAGAAGCAGAGAAACAGAAGAAGGAAGAAAUAAAAGUUCUACAAGAUCAGCUGGCAGCUCUAAAGGAGAUACAAGCAGAAGUUCAAGCUGGAAAGGAAAAAGAGUCUGAUUUUCAGAAGCCAAAGGAUCAAGGUUACCCAGUAAACAGAAGUCCACAGUCUGCAGCAGCAGAGAUUCCAGAUGAUCGUUCCUCUGUUGCAAAUUACUUGGAUAACUUAUGCAUUUUUUGUGGUGAAAGGGAUGAAUCCUUCACAGACGAAGGACUGGAUCUCCAUUACUGGAAACAUUGUCCUAUGUUAACCAGAUGUGAGCACUGCAGACAGGUGGUGGAAAUAGCAAGCCUGACGGAGCACUUGUUGACUGAGUGUGAUAAAAAGGAUAGCUUUGGGAAAUGUCAGCGAUGCAGUGAGGCCCUUCCAAAGGAUGAGUUGCCCAAACAUAUUAAGAGCAAGAUUUGCAAUGCUGCCAAACCAGAACAAGUGGCAAACCAUUGCCCGCUGUGCCAUGACAACUUUUCUCCUGGAGAGGAGGCCUGGAAGUCUCACCUAAUGGGCAAAGAUGGCUGUAAAAUGAAUCUGCGGAGAUUAUCCACAAUAAAUAAAACUCUUCUAGUGCAGCCUGGAAGAAUAGGUGGCCACUAUUUAAGGAAACCAGAUCCUUCAGGAGCAAAAGCUCGACCUCCCUCUAUAGGAAGCAAGAUCCCAACCCCAAGAGGGGGCCCAAAUAAAGGCACUGGCAAAACAUACUCAAAGCGAUGACAGGACAAGUAUGGUAUUCUUUGUUGUAAUAACUGGGCAUGUAGUUAUUAAUAGUUGUUUAAAAUCGUGGGCAACGUAUCAUCUUUCUCAUUUGACUACCCGAAGUUGUUUUUCAGCCUUGAGCAGUACUUGCCUCAUCUGAGAACUGCAAUCCAUAACUUCUUUGGUAGCUGUCCGUGCAGCACUGUGGUUUUGUCCAUGAAAUGUGCUUGUUAGAAAUAGGCACGUGUUCUGGGACAGACCUAUCCUGCCUCAUUCCCUGGAUAGCACAAGGAAGGCUCUGCAUGGGUCAAUGACUCGUUCCUCACAUUUAAAAAAAUAAAAAAUAAAAAAAAUCUAAAUAGGAUAGAAUUAAUGUGGAGCAAAAUCAGCACCAGAGCUGUGCCCUAGCUAGUGGAUUAGUCUCAGGCUGUGGUUCUAACAGUCUGGUUUUGAGAUCCAGUAGGGAAUUUCCUUAAGAUCCAAAAGCCACUCGUUUCUGUUUUUUUUGUUUGUUUUUUUUUCCUUAGAGAACAGCAAGAAAGUUACCAAGCAGAAAUUGUACUAGGCUUUCAGGACAGAGCUGAAAAGAAAUUUUCUUUUGAGCUAAGUCUAAUGCUUGUUUAACAUUAUACAUUCCGUAAGUUUGGGAAAUAAUACUUAUACUUACCACUUGGUCACUUCAGUGUAAAAAUUGCAGCAUAUCUUGCUAAUAGUUUGCUGCUAAAAUUAACUUUAUAAUGUGCUGAAAGAACUAGCUUCAAUUUUUGUUUGUCUUCCCAUCAGAUGCCAGCGGUAGACAAAUAGGUUGUUUGUUUACACUGUGUGUACGGGCUGGAUUAGGAGAUAGGUCUCAUGUAUGUAUUUUUGCACUACAUCACUGCAUUUACAGAGAUUUCAUCAUAAUUAAACUUGAGGAAAUACCAAUGAAAAAUGAAUAUAUAGUGAGCAAAAUAGACUUGUGGCAGUUGCCCAGGUUCCUUGGUGGGAUGGAGUUAGUAUCUUACUGUAGCAGAUGAAUGAAGAUAUUGCUGUAUAUUUGGCAUAAGGUGAAAUGAAAAAUGCAUGCACUAAUUUAAAAGAUAACUUCACUCUCCUUAGGAAUACCAGAGCCUGUAAUUUUCUGAGCUCAAGCAUGUUAAUAAUGUCCAGUGAAUGGAUCUCUCUGCUUGGGUCAGCCCAGGCUCCAGGAGUAACACAACCCAUGCAUGGCUGAGAAUUGGUUUCGCUGCUGAAGCCUGGCCUUUACAUACACUUCAGGUUUAGAAUCUUAAAGCUAGUAGCACGGUACCCAAAGUGCUACUCGACACCAAGAAUUAGCACCAAAUAAAAAAGCUGAAGGGCUGGCUGGGUAUUGCUGCAUGACAUGCCGUUACGUAGGCAGUAACAUGAAAUAGCUAUUCCGUGCUGCCUCGCUGUGCACUAAGUGCCUUAUUAGUCCGCUUGACAAGAGGAUUAAGCUAAGCUGCAAGAAUCCCGUUUGGUAUAUAAGAAGCGUGUGUACCUAUGGAGCUACUGUAAAAGUAAAGUCGUGCUUUCAAAUCUCAUACAGUUAAUACUGAGAUAUUUACCUAAGAGCUGACCCCUUUAAAAAAAAAAAAAAAGACUGAAAAGCUUGAAUUAGUAAAUUUAGUCCUUUUUUUCUGCUUUAAUGUAUGUCCUCUCAGCUCCCUUCUAAAUGCAGCUCUAAUACGGAGUUUCUCUAAUUAGAUCUGUUAGAUCAGCAUGUGACUGUUUAAAAGCUUCAAAGAGAACAAAUUAUAUUAAGGCACAAUCAAUGAAGCCUUGGACCUAAAGCAACACUCCUAGCAUUUCUACUGGUAGCGUUUAGGCAACUGCUUUCCAGGAUAGAAUUAAUUGCGCCUGUGUUGAUGUCCACCACAGGUACAGGAAUGAGUGAUCACGGUAAUAUAAGGAGGAGAUCUGGGGGUCGUGCUGUUUGCUAUCACGGAGUGAAUUUGCAGUGUUGCUUUGUACAUAUAUAGCACUGAUUUUAUAAUAUACAGGUUUUAUAGUUUGCGUGCAGCCUAUCUACAAGCUCGUGAUUUUUACAGGUAGAUCAGUGCACUUAUAUUUUCAAAGUCUUUAUAUAAAUUUUCUUUAUUCCUAAUAUAUAUUAAUAAAUAUACAACCACAAUGAAUAUAUAUAUUUAUAUAUGUAUGUAUGUUUACUUCUACUUUAGUGACACAGGUUCCCACUUUAGAACCUUAUUCCUUAUGCAAGCAAAGUAACCAUUGAUUUUGCUCAGAGAUUAGGCUGUGCAAUGGACUGCAGGCUCAUGAGCUAUUGCCCAGAGCAUUUUCUUUCCUUUUGGAAGCAAAGCUGUGAGCUUUCCCUUGUGAAAGUUCAAUGAAUAAUAAUAAAAAAACUGUUUGCAAAGGUCCUCCGUAUUUUCUGCACUGGCCAAUACAGCGCAUACUUUAAAUUGUAGCUCUCCAUUGCUCCUCAAGCAUGGCUUUUAAACACAGUCAAACAAAACGUAAUUAAAAUACUUAAUCAAUUAUCCUGUAUGUAGCAGGAUGUGUCCUUUUAUUUGGUAAUAUUAUGUACCAACCUUUUUAAAUGUGUUUUUAAAAAUAAAUAAAUAAAUGGCUUGAUUUAA